CGGCGCCGCUUUACUAUGUGUGGGCGGAGCCAGGUGGGAGUGGGCCUGUUUAAUACAGAUGCGCUCCUCGGUGUGCAGCCCUGCGUUCAGCGGCGAUCGGAUGGUUCGGUUCGGAGCGGAGCAGAGCGGCAGACGGGAACCAUGACUGCACCCAGCAACAACUACGACGUUGUGGUGAUCGGAGCGGGGAUAUCAGGUUUGAGCGCUGCAAAGCUGCUAAAAGCGAGCGGGCUGAAUCCUGUAGUGCUGGAGGCCAGGGAUCGAGUCGGCGGCCGUACCUUUACUGUCCGGAACAAGGAGACAAAGUGGGUAGACCUCGGUGGGGCCUACAUCGGACCGACUCAGAACCGCAUCCUACGGUUGGCUAAAGAAUACGGCAUUAAGACCUACAAAGUCAACGAGCAGGAACACCUGGUGCAUUAUGUCAACGGAAAGUCGUACCCGUUCAAAGGCUCCUUCCCUCCCAUGUGGAACCCCAUCGUCUACAUGGACUUCAACAACCUCUUCAGGACGAUGGACGAGAUGGGCCAGGAGAUUCCCAGAGAGGCGCCCUGGAGAGCUCCCCAUGCCUUAGAGUGGGACAACAUGACCAUGCAGGAGCUGUUCAACAAAAUCUGCUGGACCAGUGCAGUUCGCCGCUUCGCCACCCUGUUUGUCAACGUGAACGUGACCUCUGAACCCCACGAGGUGUCGGCCCUGUGGUUCCUCUGGUACGUGAAGCAGUGCGGGGGGACGAUGAGGAUCUUCUCCACCACCAACGGGGGGCAGGAGAGGAAGUUUGCGGGCGGCUCCAGUCAGAUCAGCGAGUGCAUGGCCAAAGAGCUGGGUGACAGGGUGAAGCUGCAGUCGCCUGUCUACAGGAUCGACCAGACUGGAGACGUGGUCGUCGUGGAGACGGUGAACAAAGAGACUUACACGGCCAGAUACGUCGUCGUGGCAACGCCACCCGCCCUCAACCUGAAGAUGCACUUUAACCCCGAGCUGCCGCCCCUCAGGAACCAGCUGAUCUACCGCGUGCCCAUGGGCUGCGUCAUCAAGUGCAUGGUCUACUACAAGGAGAACUUCUGGAGGAAGAAGGGUUACUGCGGCACCAUGGUGAUCGAGGAGGAGGGGGCUCCUAUAGGCCUGACUCUGGAUGACACAAAGCCUGAUGGGACCGUCCCCGCUAUCAUGGGGUUCAUUCUGGCUCGCAAGUGCAGAAAGCUGGCAGACCUGAGCAAAGAGGAAAGGCUCAGGAGGAUCUGUGAGAUUUACUCCAGAGUGCUGGGCUCAGAGGAGGCUCUCCACCCGGUGCACUACGAAGAGAAGAACUGGUGUGAGGAGGAAUACUCCGGCGGCUGCUACACAGCUUACUUUCCUCCUGGAACCCUGACCCAGUUUGGCAGGGUUCUGAGGGAGCCUGUUGGCAGGUUGUACUUCGCCGGCACGGAGACGGCGUCAGAGUGGAGUGGCUACAUGGAGGGGGCGGUGCAGGCUGGGGAGAGGGCCGCAAGAGAGGUCUUGUGUGCGAUGGGUAAAAUCCACCAGAGUCAGAUCCACCAGCCAGAGCCUGAGAGUCAGGAAGUUCCUGCCCUGCCAUUCGUCACCAGCUUCUGGGAGAGGAAUCUGCCUUCGGUCGGAGGUUUCCUCAAGCUCACGGGCGUCUCCGCCGUCCUGUCGGCCGCCGCCGCAGCGGGCCUGGUGGCCUACAAAAAGGGCCUCUUCCCCAGGAGUUAAACUGCCUACACCUCGUCUUCUCACUCGUCUGAAACUCAACGGGACACGACUCAAUAGAAACCGUAUUCAUGCACUUCUGGGGUUUUUUUUUGUUUGUUUUUUUUGUAUUCUUUAUUGGGGGAUUUUGAAACGCCAGGCGAUGAAAGGCAAACUCUCCAAAUGAAGCAAAAUCAGAUUCACUUCGAGUGCAAAGAGUGAGCCGUUGUUUAGUCUUAGAGAGAAGAAGAGCUAACUGUUUAAUUAGCACUUAAUUUGUAUCUCAGAUUACUAAAUGAAGGAAAAACAAUCUGGAAUCAAAAUAAAUAUCCUCUACUAAUGUUCCACACAUCAUUCAUCCUUUUCGUGUGUGUGUGUGUGUGUGUGUGUGUGUGUGUGGGUGUGUGUGUGUGUGUGUGUGUGUGUGUAAGCUCUGUCCGUUUGCAUGUGCACCUGAUUUGGUAAUUCUGCCUUUGUGAGUGUCUGUUCGUUGAAAUGUGUGUUAGCAUUUCUGUGUGUGUGUGUGUGUGUGUGUGUGUGUGUGUGUGCGUGCGUGCGUGCGUGUGUGUGUGUUUCUAUUGUCUCUAAUUACCUCUGCUGAUUUUAGGUGCUGGUUCAUUCUGACCUUUCUUGCUUAAUGAGAUCCAGUAACACUGAAAGUGAGUAGGGCUGUGCCAUCAUCAGUUCUAAUAACAUAGAGGACAAUCAAGAUUAAGGCUGUUCUUUUUUUUGUCAUUUUGUGACCUGAAUGUUUAAUUAAAACGUGAAGAAAAGAAAAAUAAAACAGCAGCUCUGUGACGUAGUGUGUCUCUUUGAGCCAUUCUUGCUGCUGCUGAACGUUUUUAUUUGAGGUUUUGCGCUAAUCGGUCUUCAGUAUUUACCGUCUCCAGGUAAUGUUAGCUAAACAGAAGGGUAUUCUCAAGUUCAAUGUUUGAUUUAUGUCAUAAAAAUUUAAUUGUAUAUGUAAGAGAAGUUGCUCUGACAAAGUUUAUAGAAUUUUCCUGGAGGAUGUGACGAGACAAAAUUUAUGUUUUGUUUUUUUUUAAUCUAAAGGAAGCAAAUCUAAAGUAACCAUUCAUUUAUUGCCUAAACUCACGUACAUCCAUGGCAGUUAUUGAGGCUGUUGGUGUAGAUAGUGGGGAAGUGGGGUUGUUACGGGGUGUAAAGAGCUGUGGUCACUCUAUGGUUAAAUUCCUACGGCUAAGUUUUGGAAAUGUGUGAAAAUCCAGAGCCAUUUUUCACUCGAGUUGCAAUUAAUGAACAACUUAUGUGUUCAGCUCCACACCGCAGAGAUAGCUAGGAAACAACUGGCUAGCUGUAGCUGCCUGUGGCUAAUUAAUUCAUUAACUGUAGCUAGUUUUAAGUUGUACGAUGUCCCUAUCUGGAGCAAAUUAAGCUAGUUAGCUGUUGCAUGUUAUUUGUAGCUAACUGUGGACAAUAAAUUGUAAGGCUAGCUGUGGCUACCUAGCUGUAGCUAUCUUUGGUUGAUAAUUUUUAAAGCUAACUGUGGACUUUGGGCUGUAUAUAGCCAGAGUAAACCGACUGUCAAAACUUGUGGCUAUUAAAAAGGCAAAGCUGGCUGUGUUCUGUUGGCUGUAACCAUUUGUAGCUAAUAAAUUAUAAAGCUAGCUCUGAGUUAUGAGCGCUCCCUAGCUAAAUAUGUUAUAGUGAUAACUGUGUAUUCAAACAGUUUUCUUGAACAUCCUGCGAUAGUUUUCAUUUUCACUAUUAUACGCUGAACUCCUGGUAUAUUCCCCGACGUUAAGAGGGCACAGGUGUCCAUGAUUAGCUAAAAUCCACAAAUACUCACAAAAAUGCUUAGAACUGCAUAAUUUAGUAAUUCACAUACCAAAUAUACAUAAAUAAGCAUCAGUGAGCACCGUGGAAAUUGUCUGCAGUGGGUAUCAUACAGCCUUGCUUUUUUGCACUCUUAAAAUUUUAUACAGUCAAUCAGCGCCAAGAAAAAUGAAUGCAGCUUCUGGAUUGGCUGCUUUGCAAACACCAGUCAACUAGUAUUAUGUUAUUCCAGCCUCCCAAGGUGUGUUUUCUUUUAGCUAGAAUAUUUUAGAGAUGAACUAC